GCGUGCUGCGUCACCGCCGCGCGCCGGAAGUGACUGCAGCGGUCUCCAGGGACCCCGGAAGUGUCCGCUGCGGCAGGCUGUUGCUGACUGACUCUUGGCUUAGCGAUGGGUUGCGACGGGGGAACAAUCCCCAAGAGGCAUGAACUGGUGAAGGGGCCGAAGAAGGUUGAGAAGGUUGACAAAGAUGCUGAAUUAGUGGCCCAAUGGAACUAUUGUACUCUAAGUCAGGAAAUAUUAAGGCGACCAAUAGUUGCUUGUGAACUUGGCAGACUUUAUAACAAGGAUGCUGUCAUUGAGUUUCUGUUGGACAAAUCUUCCGAAAAGGCUCUUGGGAAGGCAGCAUCUCACAUUAAAAGCAUUAAGAAUGUGACAGAACUAAGGCUUUCUGAUAAUCCCGCCUGGGAAGGGGAUAAAGGAAACACAAAAGGUGACAAACACGAUGACCUCCAGCGGGCACGAUUCAUCUGCCCCGUCGUGGGCUUGGAGAUGAAUGGCCGACACAGGUUUUGCUUCCUGCGGUGCUGUGGUUGCGUGUUUUCUGAACGAGCCUUGAAAGAGAUAAAAGCAGAAGUUUGUCACACGUGUGGGGCUGCCUUCCAGGAGGAUGACGUCAUCGUGCUCAAUGGCGCCAAGGAGGAUGUGGAAGUGCUGAAGAGCAGGAUGGAGGGGAGACGGCUGAAAGCGAAGCUGGGAAAGGUUUAUAAUCACAUUCCUUGUUGGCUUUUCGUUUUUCCAGCGACAAAUGGAACCUCUUCUGGAAAGGUCGGGAAGGCUCCGUGUGGAGCCGUGAAGAGGUCCAUCGCCGACAGCGAAGAAUCUGAAGCUUACAAGUCUCUCUUCACGACUCACAGCUCCGCCAAGCGCUCCAAGGAGGAGUCGGCCCACUGGGUCACCCACACGUCCUACUGCUUCUGAAACCCACGCGGGCUCGGCUCGGUUUCCGUGUAGACAGGCGGUGUGG